GGCUCGAAGGGAUUGGAAAGACCCGGGAGGGGCGAGGGAGGUCGCUCUGUGGGUUCUGUUCUGACAUCUUUCUUAGAGAAAAAAGGAAGAACAAGAAGGUGUCUGAGCUUGGAAUCUGAAGAAGUGAGCUGUGUGACUCAGGAAAGCUCAUCCCCUACCACAGAGCUGGAACCAUGCAACUCUUCAUUCGUGCUCAGAGUCUGCACACCCUUGAGGUGUCUGGAGAAGAAACAGUAGCUCACCUCAAGGCUCACAUUGAGUCCUUGGAGGGCAUCGCACCUGAGGAUCAGGUGGUUCUCUUGGGUGGGACUCCAUUGGAAGAUGAUGCCAUCAUUGGGCAGUGCGGUAUCAGUGACCUCACAACUGUGGAGAUCGCUGCACGCAUGCUGGGUGGAAAAGUCCACGGCUCCCUGGCUCGUGCUGGCAAAGUGAGAGGCCAGACCCCCAAAGUUGCUAAGCAAGAGAAGAAGAAAAAGAAGACUGGCCGUGCUAAGAGACGCAUGCAGUACAACCGCCGUUUUGUCAAUGUUGUGCCAGGCUUUGGCAAGAAGAAGGGCCCCAAUGCUAACUCCUAAAGAGCACCCAGUUACCUAAUAAAUCUGAUAUUUGCUUGGA